AUGAUCGAGGGACGGCUCAAGGCGCUGGCCGAGAAGCUUCUUGGGGAUUGGAUCGAGAGCGAGAAGCUCGACCUGAGCAUCAACAUCUUCAACGACGAGAACGUCCGCUGCGAGAACGUCAACCUCAAGCCCAGCGUCGUGCCGGCCUCGGCGCCGUUCCGCCUCAAGGCCGGCCUCAUUGGCGCGCUCACGAUGAACAUCCCGUUCAAGACGCUGGGCAUGACGCCGGCCAAGCUCACGCUCACAGACGUACUCGUGAUCCUCUCGCCGCGGACGCUCGACGAUACAGAAAAGGCCAAGGAGGUCGACGACUUCAAGGCCGAGAAGCGCGCCGCCCUCGAGCGCGAUGUCCUCGAGCGAAUACACGGGCCUCCGCUCGACAAGACGCAGGUUCCGGACGACGCCAAGAAGUCGAAAGCCGCCAAAGACGCGACGAACGAUGGCUACUACGGCGCCGACGGCUUUUUCGGGCGGCUCGUGACGCGCCUCAUGGACAACCUACAGAUCGAGCUCCGGAACGUGCACAUUCGCUACGAAGGCGACCACCAGACGUCGCCGAUGACGCGAAGCAAGUUUGCGAUCGGCUUUAGCAUCGGCGCGCUCUACGCCGAGACGACCGGGCCUAACUGGCGCACGGGGUCGUUCACGGGGCCCGAUGCCAGUACCGGCGACCACGUUGUCUUCAAGCUCAUCCAAGCCAUCAACCUCUCGGCGUACGUCGACCCACACGCGCUUCACUUUGUGCACUCGUCCAAGCACCCGAAAGUGCUGCAUGCGACGCUCUCGCGGCUCAAAGCGAUGGCCGACAUGAACGCGCGCCUCGACUGGUACGCGACUGCGGAAGACGCGCACACGCACCGCUUCGUCCUCGCCCCCUUCCACGUCACGCUCAAGCUCACGAUGAACGUGGCGCUGCAGACGCUCGCGUCGUCGGUCCCGCGCUACGAUGCGUGCUUUGAGCUCUCAAAGCUCAUCGCAAUGGUCGACGACGAGCAGCUCCAGCUUAUCAACGCGGUCCUCGACAGCUUUGGCCUCUACGACAAGUGGCGCAGCGCGGUGGCCCACGGCGUGAAAGCCGACGAGCGCGAGCAGUACACGCAGUCGCUUGCGGCCGAGUACCUUCUCCACUGGGACGCGCUGCACAAGGUGUAUCUCAAGCAAACGCACUGGGAGAGCGUGAAGAAGUCGGACGCGUGGAAGCGGCUGAUCCUCCUCGAGCAUCUCUUGCCGCUCGAAGCGGUCCUCGCGCUGCGCAACUCGGCGACCUUUGGCGACGACGCAAGCGUGCUCGUGGACGUUGAUGUGUCGCGGAGCCUCCUCUUGGACAUUGGCGAGAUGUUUGGUGUGCCGGCCCCCGAGGUCAACCUCAAGUUUACGCGCGGCGCCCUCGGCUUGGCGCUCGAACUGACCAAGCAAGGGACCGUCGUAGUCACCAACUGCUUUGCCCAGGCCGCGACGAAAGAGGCGCUCAAGCCCGGCAUGCUGCUCGUCAAGGUGGACGGCCGGCGCCUCCACGACGCCUUUGCCUUCACAUCGAUCCCGUCGCUCUUGGCGCAGCUGGACGACCACGUCGCCGACCACGCGGUGGUUCUGACGUUCCAGCACCCAGAGAUCGCGCCGGCCGUCACGACGCCCAACCAGCUCGUCGCCGCCGCGUCGUUUGUCGCGACCGAGGUCGAGUUGCGUCUCGUGCUCGUGCGUCUCAAGCGCGUCAUCGCGUCGGCCGUCGUGCAAACGGUGGCGUUUGGCGUCGAGGGGUUUGGCCCGGGCCUCUUCUGCUUCCACAAGUACACGCUCUCGGCGCACCACUUUUACGUGCAAGAGUCGACGUCCGAUGCGGUCACCGCGUCGUGUCUGGUCUCGAGCCUCGACGAGAUCAUGCUGCGGGAGCGCCAUACGCACGCGCUUCGGCUCUCGAUGAAUACGCUCGAAACCGACCACCCGGGCGUCGACGUCGAUGACGUGGCGACGUACGCGGUCGAGUACGGCUGCCACAUUGGCCACGCCGUUGUCGUGUACGAAGGCCACAAGUGCCGCGCGGUGCUCGAGGCCCUGGGCGAGUUCAGCCGCCGCGCGUUCACGCCCUCGGCGCCGCCGAUCUCGAUGGAGCUGCCGCCGCUCUCGACGACGUCGACGGCGGUCACGACCGCCUUCGAGCCCGCGCCGGCCAACGUCAAGUACAACCUGUCGUUUGCGACCCUUCGGCUUUUUGUGGGCGUCGCCAAAGCCAACAUGCGCCGCGCGACAUCCGCGACGUCGCCGCCCGCCUACCGCUCGGUGUUUAGCCAGCUCACGAUCCACAACGCGCACGCGCACGCGGGCUUGCACGAGUGGCUCCGCGACGCCUUUGUCUACGAGCGCGUCGUCGCCGCGGUGGUUCAAAUUCAAAAGUACGUUCGCGGGCGUAUGGUGCGCCGGUUUGCGCUGCCGACGCUGCGCCGAAAGCGCCUCGUGACGCGUGUGGCGCGCCACCGGCUGCCCGACGCGACGGUGCAAGACGAUCUACGGCUGCAAGGGUACUUUAUGUACGAAGACGUCCGCCUCGGGUGUCGGCGCUGGGACGAGCUGUACGUGACGUUGGACGCCACGGGUGUCCUGCGGCUCUUUCGCGACCACACGCGCGCAAUUUACAUCGACUCGUUCUUGCUCGAACAGUGCGUGCGCGUGGCCAUGCCGGCUGGCAAUGUCCUUGGGCCCUCGGUCGAUGCCAAAAUGCGGUUUCUGCAGCUGGUGUUUGACGUGCCGUGCAGCGUUCACAACACGCUUGGUGUGCUCGCGACCGCGCCGCCGACGUCGACCACGACACUGUUGUUGGCGCACCCGGACGGCACCGUCAUCAAGCACUGGCACGCAACGCUGACGGCACCACCGUCACCGAAUUCGGUCUCGAGUCGGCACGCGCGACGUGACAAGAUUGGGCUGCGGCAGCACAUUAUGGGCCAACACCCGAUGGACGUUCACAAGGGGUGGCUCUUCCGGCAAGACCUCUCGCUCGCUUUCCGGCGGUGGCACGAGCUCUUUGUGUACCUGGACGAGUUUGGCGUCUUGCGUUUCUACGAAGACCACACGGGCCGGGUCCUCAUUGACGAAGAGCGCGUCGAGGCCAUCGACAGCGUGCUCCACGUGGGCAACAUGGUGCAAGUAGAGGACUGGGAGGUGCCGCCACCGCCGCCUGCGUCGACGCCGUCCCCCGGUCGCCUCAGCAACCGCAUCAAGCACGCCAACUUGGAUCUCUUGGGUCCCGCCGGCGCCACGCCGACGCGCGUCUCGUACUGCCUUGAAGUCACGCUCAAGACCGAGUCGACUGUCGACGGUAAAAAGGUGGCUUCGAUCUCGACGUUUCUGUUGGCGUCGUACUCGGCGUCGGACCUUGCCGAUUGGCGCCACAGUCUCUUUGUCAAGAGCCAAGCCGUGCGCAGCAAGAUGGUGGACGUCUCGAGACGGCCGCUCUUGCCCAAAGUCGGCUGGCCGACGUGGUUGCGGUCGCACCUCGCGUUUUCGUUUGCGAGCACGCGGGCGCCGAGCAGCACGGCCCGGUCCUUGUACCAGCGCAUGGCGGCGUGGGUUAGCAUCUAUGCCAGCGACGCGUCGCUCUCGGUAGCGCUGCACGACGCGCCGAAUCUCGAAACCAGCGGCGCGAUGGCCAUCGACUUUGCGCUCGAAAAGCUCGAGGUCCGCGACCGGCGCUCGCUCAAGCCCUACUGCGUCCUGUACCUUGGCGACACGUUUCUCGACGUUGAGCGCGGAAAGCUCAAGCCGAUGGCGAUCACGUCCGACCACCUCGGCGGCUCGAACCGCGCGGUGGAGCUGCACUUGCGCUUCCGCAGCCCGGAGGUUGGUCUGCCCUUUGGCGGCGCCAAGCUCGGGCUGCGCGUCAACCUCGUUCUCAGCGGCUGCCUCUUGCCGCACGACGUGGCGACUGCGAUUGGUGACGCCCUCAACGAACUCUCGCCGCUCUGGGCGUCCGACGAGCCGGCGCCGACGACUGUCGAGCCGUACCUCAAGGCCACGCAACUACAUCUCGAUGUGCGCGUGCCCAUGUUUGAGGUGUACGUGGAAGAGAAGCACUGCGUGGCCAAGUGCGUCGUGGAGAAGGCCAAGCUCGGCUUUGUCGCGACGACAGACGCCGAGUCGCUGGACGUGGUGCUGGGCGCAACGUCGCUCUACGUCAUGACCAAGGACAACCAGCUGCGCCUCGCGCAGGUCGAUGGCUUCCGCGUGCGCUACGACCUUGCCGCGCGGUCCCGGCAGCGCGUUUCGCGCGUCGACAUUGGCCAAAUCAAGCUCGAGGCCGACGGGCGCAUGCGCAUCUUGUACCAGCUGUUUGAGGCGCUCCAGCACAUUGACGAGGACGAGGAUGAGAAUGGGACUGGCUUUUACGACGAUCUCGACGAUCUCGACGAAGACGACCUCCAGCACCGCAACGCGACGCUGACGUCGCCGCCCGUGCUCAUGUCGCCGACGUCGCCGCCGCACGUGGUCGACUUGACGCCGGACGGACCUACGUCCAUGUCGCGCAUCAAGCGCAGCGGCCGGUACGAAUCGCAGUAUUCGACGCGGUCGGUGCGCCCGCGACGCAGCCAGCGCAGCAUCCAGUCGAUGACGUAUGUCGAGGGCGUGCCCAUGAUGCAGUUUAUCGGGCCGCUCGUGUCGUUCCAGGCGUUCGUGGCACUCACGCAGGGCCCGAGCUACUCGGUGUGGACGCAAAUCCACGACAGCGUCGUCUUGCGCGUCGACGCCAUCGUGUUUGAAGUCGUCAAGCGGUCGCUCUCCCGGGUGGCGCUCGACACGUUCAUCCCGGUCAUGAAGCUCUCUCUCUCCCGCAUCGAGGUUGACGCGUCGUCGGGCAGCGAGUUCAAGAUGGACUUCACGUCGACCUCGAGCAUCGUCGUGGUCGCGCGCUACUACAACACGGCGCUCGCCGACUGGGAGCCGCUCGUCGAGCCGUGGACGGUCGCCAUGGACGUGGCCAAGACGCCGCGGCAAGAGCUCACGGUGCUGCUAAAAGCGCGCGAGCGGCUCAACAUCAACUUUACCGAGGCGUUUGUGCGGCUCCUCUGCUCGGUGCAGAAGCACCGCAAGCAGAUCAACCCUGGCAAGGCCGCCAACUUCCUCGUGCCCGCCGUCUCGGAGAAGCACGAGCGCGUGAGCGUCUGGAACAACCUCGGCGUGCCUAUCCGCCUCGCGAACCUCAACACGUCGACGCCGGGCGAGCUCACGAUCGAGGUCCGCGACGGCUGGAGCCUUCCGAGCUACACGCGGUUUCAUGACGUCAAGCUCGACGCCGUGUUGCUUCCGUGGUGGAGUCCGCGCGAGGCGAGCGGCCAGCUCGAGUCGCUCAGUCACACGUUUCGCAUGGCGUACGGAGGCGCGAACGCCGGUGUCGCGCCCAAGCUCCGCAUCAAAGUGAGCGCCAAAGUCCAGAACGCCAUGCAGCUGCAGCUCGACGGGACGCAGGCGAUGCUCUUCCACGACGAGCGGCACGACGCGUCGCCCGUCGCGUCGCCGCGCGGCCACGCCGAAGCGAGCAAGGAAGACGAGUGGAUGCCCGUCGGCACGGUCGAGCUCAACCUCGCGGGCUCGCUCAUGGCCGAGAACGGCGCCAAGCGACUCCGCUUUUGCCAGUGGCACCGCCUCCGCGACGUGCGCGGCGUCAUCACGGGCGAGAUCCUCGUCGCGCUGCACUUUGCACCGCGGCCGCGCACGGGCCCCGCAUCGUGCGUGGUGACGGUGACGAGCGGCGGGUCGCUGACAGUUGACCCUUUCCGGCUCGGCUCCAAUAGCAACACGCUUCUCGAGACGGCCGACGGCGACGUCAAAGUCGCGGUGCAGCUCCCAGAGAGCAUUCGGCACGGGUACGUGCCGCCGCUCGCGCUGGAAGUGCUCGUCGACGGCGGCCCUCGGAGUCUCCUCUGCCCCCUCCAGCGCGCCGGCAAGUUUUUCAUCCGCGGCGAGGACGUGGUGGCAGAAGUCAAGGUCGCGCAGCGCGACGAGUUUCGACGCGUUCUCGUGCUGAGCUCGCCCAAGCAGCUCAAGAACCUCACGAACCUCACGAUGAACGUCGGGACCUUCCCGAUUGCCGAGUGCGACGCCUUUGAGGCCGAGAGCCUCUUGGACCCGACCCUACUGCGCGGACGGUCCGUGAGCAUCAUCCGCCGCGACUCGAUGCUGGCCGUGCCACCGGGCGCCAAGUACUCGCUGCCGCUCUCGGCGCUCUACUCGGAGGCCGAGCACUGCCUCGUGCUGCAGCUACUGCACUCGAAGCGGACGCGCAUCGCGGACCUCUCGACAUUGCACAAGCAGGUGGGCUGCCACAUUCUGUACCUCGAGCCCAUCAACCCGAGCUUGGACUGCGGGUACUGCUUCUUCAUGGAGAUUGUGUCGCACGUCCGCAACGUGUACCGCGAGCAGCAGUACGACGUCUUGCCGACCGAGGCGGUCGUCGCCACGAACGACGCGGACGAGGGCGACAUUAUGGGCCACGACGCCAAGUACCAAGUGCGCCUGCACGCGGGCUUUGUGUUUGAGAAUGCGCUCCCGAUUCGGCUCAAGUACAAGGUCGAGGUCGCGCUCGUGCCGGGUCCACCGACCGUUGUCUGCGACGGCACGCUUGCGCCGGGCGAGGAGGUCGAGUUGCACCAGUUUCACAAGAACGCGCAUCUGGUGCUGAGUCUCCCGGAAGAAGCCUCGAGCUGGAGCACGCCGUUGAGCUUGGCCAAGUGCAUUUCACAAGAGGCGACGCAUAUCUCGAACCAGACGAUCUCGGCCGCCGACCUCCCGAACCAGCGCCGGGCGUCGGAAGAGCUCGCCUUCUACACCCACGCGCCGUCGACGCACGCACUCGUCGCCGAUGACGCGCACCUCUUUACGGCGCGCCUCGACUUUACCGUCGCGGACAAUGGCAGUCCGCGCACGGUCGUUUACGCCAGUGUCUGGCUGUACAACUACUCGCACGUCGACGAGCUCCUCGUGCGCUGCGCCGAGGCCAACGCGCCGGUGACGUCGUGCAAGCAGCUGCUGGCGCCGCGCCCGCGGCUGCUCGACUGCCCGUCGCUCGUACUGGAAAUGAGCACGGUCUUUGCGCACGAGACGGCCAAGUGGUCGGAGAAGCUCCACGCGUCCGUGGUCGGCGUCCAGCGCUCGAUCACGCUCAAGUCGGCGUCCAAGAAGGCACCAAAGCGCGAGAUUGGCGUCUCGAUCCAGCGACCGCUCGGCCAGUUUCACCGCAGCACGCAGGUCGUCAUCUCGCCGCGCUACGUGUUUGUGAACGAGACGCACAUCAAGUUUGAGGUGGCGUCGACGGCCAAAGACGCGCGGGCGACCGAAGUGCUGCCGCACGCGCACGAAGUGGCCUUUGACUUUCCGGGCGACUCGCUCCUCAUGGGCCGCAAGGUGCGGCUGAAGGCGGGCGGCGCGGCCGACGCCAACUACCUCGUCAGCGACAAGUGGAGCGGGUUCUUCUCGAUCGACGAGGAGCAGGAAUUCUCGCUCUGGCUGCCCGGUGCCCGCGCGCUCUGGCACGACGAGCCGGCGCAGGCCAACGUGCCGCGCAUCCGCGUCAAAGUGCAUACGGUCGGCGCGUCGAUCGUCGUGACGCUCUUGCGUGACGCGCCACCGAUGCUGCGGAUUACGAAUCACUCAGACACUGCGUUCAAAGCCGUGCAGCAAGGCGGCGCCGAGGCCGUCGUGCUGCCGCCCCACUCGACGACGACGUUUGCGUGGGAACUGCCCGACCAGCCGCGGAAGCUGGCGGUCUCGAUGCUGACAGACCUCGUCAACGGCGAGUGGCGCCACGCCACGCAGCUCCGUCUCUGCGACUUUGACAGUCUGGACCGGGAAGAGGCGGUUGUGUGGGCCGACCGCCGGUCGCAGACCCACAUUGCGGCCGAGGUCAAGUUCAAAGACUCGUCGCGCGUCCUUGUGCUGCGCAGCAUCGACUCGGCCGACGUGGCCCGCACGAAAUUUUGUCUCGAAGUCAACAUCAUCGCCGUGCGUCGGUCGCUGCUGCCGGACGAGAAGCCCCGCCGGGCGUACAUUCGCGUCGUCGCCGACACGGCGCGCACCUCGGCAACUACGUUUGGCCCUGAGACUCUCAAGAGUCACGGCGUGUACCGCUUUGAACGCAAGGAGACGCUCAUGUGCGUCAAGCGGCCGCGGGAGCUGCAAGUCGACUUGCUCGAAGACGUGGAUGAAGAGGAAGGCACGAGCGACGGUGUGCUGACGGACGAAACGCCGUCGUUGCACGUGGAUAUUGGGGAUCCGUCGGUGCCCAUGACGCCGCCCGAGCUGCAGUCGCCGACGCACCCGUUCAUGAAGAUGCACGACCACGAGGCGUCGUCCUAUGCACUCCGCGAGAAGCUCCUGGGCCGCCACACCUCGGCGUCGCAGCUGAGCCGCCGCCUCUUGGAGCAGCACGACCGGUCACCUGCCGGCGGGUUUGACUUUGGCCGUGCUCCGGACGCCGCGUCAUCGCUCUCGGUGGGCAUGCCGGUCGUACCGGUCGACGGCGGUGACGAGGACUCGCUGAAUAAACAGCGCAUCGGCGGUGUCGAGAUCAAGUUACCGAAAAAGGUGUGGCAGCAUUUCCAGCACGGCACGGAGCGCAGCUUGAGCGACCUGCAAGGCUAUUGGUGGAACCUCACGACGGACGACGGGCGCGUCAUUGGCCAAGCCCAGGUGGCGCUCAAGUUUACGCUUCUCUCGACACGCGAGCACGACGUCAAGACGCGCAAGCCGAACGACGCGGUCGAAAUGGACCCGAUUCCGGGCAUGUCGCUCAACGUGCGGCUCUCGAGCGUCGCGGUCUCGUUCAUUCACAACACGAACCGACUCGACGUCGCAUACCUCUCGCUGCAGCGGCUCCACGCGGUCUACAGUGCGCACGGCGGCAGCAGCGAGCUCGCGGUUGCGGUCGGGAACCUCCAGAUGGACAACCAGAUGGACCGCAAGGUGGUGCUGGGGCCGCGCGGCGUCAAGCGCAAGGAAGGCGUGAGCGUGCGCCUCCGCGACCGCUGGAAGAGUUGCCUCAACCACCAGUACCGCGGUAUUUACGAGCAAGUGGACGUGCAAGCGCUCCCGGUCAUUCAGUUUCGGAUGCUCUACAACGACGUGUGCAGCGCCGGCGCGUUCCACGUGGAGCUCGUCGAGCUCAUUGUGCAGGAGCUCGAGAUCACGACGGACGAGAAGUUUGUCGUAAACCUCAUCAGCGUCUUCCAGGGCGUCGAAAGCCUCGGGUCGGCCGAGAGCUUUGCGAGUGUCGUCGACACGCGCGUGCGCUACCGCCUCGAGGACGCGUCGGCGCCGAUCACGGACGGCAUUUACAUUGAGCAGCUCGACAUCGAGUCGAUCCGGAUCCUCUUUUCGCUCGAGCUCAACGGCGGCAAGCACAUUGCGACAUUGGGGCCGUCGGGCCGGCGCCUCGCCAUGUACCUUCCCGUCUCGAACGUCAAGGACAUGCGGCUCAACUUCAGCAAACUGCUCUUCGUGCACAUUUACGAGAGCAAGAGCGUCGUGCUGGAAAAGCUGUACCGGCACUACCACCAGCAAGCGCUGUACAUUGUGCUGCAAGGCCUCUACACGGUGUCGCUCUUUGUGAACCCGUUCCGCAUCGUCUAUCGGCUUGGCCACGGCUUCCUCGAGGUCGUUCGGCUGCCGACGCGCGGCCUCGUCUCGGGCAGUCCCGUCGAGCUCAUCUCGGGCGCGUACCUCGGCGUCCGGUCGCUGGCCAUGAACACGAUCAGCGCCAGCUACGAGACCGUGGCCGGCGCCACGGGGGUUGUCGCCGCCGUCAUUGCGCCGCUGAUUGUGAGCGAGGACAAGAAGGCCAAGUUCAAAGAAGAGAUGGUCAACUUUCAGCGCGCCGUCAUGGGCGAAGUUGAGGCCUUUGACGCGGCCGAAGAGCGUCACAUGUCGAAGCUCAUUUUGCGGGCGCCACGUGUCUUUACGGGCAUUGGCCUCCUCGUCGAGUAUGGGCCCGGCGCCCGCCCCAAGGAAGAUCAGAUGCGCGUCGAUCUCCAAGCCGCGGUGCUGGUGCAAAAGUGGUGGCGUCGCCGCCGCCUCAGCCUCGCCUUGCUGCAACACGUGGCCAAGCUGCGUGCGGCCGACGAGAGUCCCGUCGAGCCGCCGCCGCGCAGCGAGUGCGUCAUAUUGUAA